GGGCUGCCCAGGGAGGUGGUGGAGUCACUGUCCCUGGAGGUGUUUAAGAAAGACUGGACGUGUCAUUAACUGCCAUGGUCCAGUUGACAUGCUGGUGUUUGGUCACAGGCUGGACUGGAUGGUCUCAGAGGUCUCUUCCAGCCCAAGUGACCCUGUGAUGCUGUGAGGCGCGGCGGUCGGUUGUGCGCCGCUUUGGACUGGCGUUCUAGGCAGGAUGUCACAGCGGGGCCCGGAGCGGCUGCCAGACAGGGACCCCUGGGGCCUGGACACACAGACCCUCUCCCCACGCUCUCGCCUGUCGGCCCCGCGUUGGAGGCCCCGGUCCUGCCCGGGGCCGGCGCUGCGCCCCCCGCGCGGCCGCAGGAGGCGGCGGGAGCCCGGCGCUGGCGCUGCCACCGCCCCCGGCCCGGCCGCGCUUCCGCCCGCGUCAGCUGACUGCUGCAGGGAGCGGCGCGCCCGCUCCGGCCCCGAGCCCGCGGAGCCCCGGCCACCCCGCAGCCAUGGCAGGGGUCGUGGUGAGCGGAGCCCAAGUGUCCUACAUUAGUCAAGACUGUGAAGAAAUUCCAGAAUUCCUAGGACGAAAAUAUGGACAUAUGGCAAAAAGGCUAGAUCUUAGCUUCAACUUGUUAAGGUCACUAGAAGGACUGAAAACAUUCAGUUACUUGGAAGAGCUGAUCCUGGACAACAAUCUACUUGGAAAUGACCUUCUGUUACCCAGGUUACCCCACCUCCAUACCUUAACGCUCAACAAGAACCAAAUAACAGAAUUAGAAAGCCUUUUGGACCAUUUGGCUGAAGUUGUGCCCUCACUACAGUAUCUCAGUUUGCUUGGAAACAUUGCUUGCCCAAAUGAACUGGUCUGCAAAGAAAAGGAUGAGGAUGACUACCAGAGGUACAGAUAUUUUGUCCUGCAUAAAUUGACGAACCUGAAAUUUCUUGAUACUCGGAAAGUAACCAGGAGGGAGAGAGAGGAAGCCUUGGUAAGAGGCGCCUUCAUGAAAGUGGUUAAGCCCAAGGAUGCUAAG